AUGCAUAAAGACGCUGUUACUGUUGAACCUUUGAAAGAUACCCCAUUUGGCUGCACCAUCAAACUCCCCACAUAUUGCCAAAAUGAUCCUGCCAAUUUAAAUGACGAGGACUUCAAGUUGUUGAAAGAAGCUGUGCAAACACAUUUGGUGGCCGUUAUCCCCGAUCAAGCUGAGCUUGCCCCAAAGUCACAAUACUUGUUAACAAAGAGAUUUGACCCUUCAAUCCCUGAACCAAAGGAGGAAAAUGGUGCGGGUUAUGGUCAUGGUAAGGAGUUUAGACACGACAAGUCAGUGUUGAAGAAGGACGGCUGCUCCGUCAAGUCGCAACCACAGGUUCAAAUUCUUGGUCAAGGUAGAUUUGAGGCGGAUGAACCAGGAAACGAAAAUGGAGAGGCUAUUAACUUGACUCAUCCUUCACACACAACAUUUCACCACACCCCUUUGACAGAGAAACAAAUAAAGGAAGAGAAAAGGACCAGGUUUUACAGAUGGCACAUUGACAGUGCUUUGUAUGGUUUGUCGCCACCAAUGGUUACUACAUUGCUUGGGAUCAAGGUUCCACCCGCCACACAAUACCAAACAAUCAAGUACGAAGAUGAUGGAAGCGAAUUGAAAAUAACUCAGGGUGCCACUUGCUUCAUCAGUGGAGCACAAGCUUUCCAAGGAUUGAGUGAUGAGGAUAAACAAUUUGCUUUGAAUACCACUGUUGAGUAUGCUCCACAUCCUUAUAUUUUCAUCUCCCCCGCCAAGGCUACGUCCGAUGGAUUGACCAUGGUUUCCGAAGGUAAAGAGAUGGACUUUAAGGAUCUACCUGAAUGGGAAGAACUGAAGGUUAAGAAGUUGCCCAUGGUUUGGACAAAUCCAACCACCAAGGAACACCAUUUGCAGGUGCAUGGAUGCUGUUUGUACAAGUUACAUACAAACAUAAACGGUGAGACCAAAACAUUGGGUUUGAAGGAGUCGAGGGAAAAAGUGCAUCAAAUGAUGAGACCGGCUAUAGCUCCAGAAAGGGUCUUGGCCCACUCUUGGAAACAAGGGGAUUUGGUGUUGUUUUUCAAUCGUGGAGUUUGGCACUCAGUCACUGGGGAGUUUAAAGGUUUAGGAAGUGACGGUAAAGACGAAAGAAGGUUGAUGCAUCAAUGUAAUAUUGCCAGUGGACAAGAUCCGGUUGUGGUGGGUGCAUAA